AUGGACGCCAGUAAGCGAUAUGUGGUGUUACUGCCCAAUCAAACAGGGAGAAAGAGCAGCAAAAAGAGCAUUAAGACAAAUAAACGAGGUGGAGUAGCGACUAGAAGUUCCAAAAACGAUGGCAACGUACGAGAUUCAACUCGUUCAAGGACAAAGCAGGGGAUAUUGAGAGCUUCUAUUGCAGAUAUGUAUCAAAGCAAGAUGGAGGACCUCAAUGAAGGCGAGAAUCUUAACAUAGACUCACUCAGACCUUCUAAAGAUGAAUCUUCAAAGGUAACUAUUCAGAGAUUUGAGCUAUUGAGACAACUGUUGACUCGUGGGUUCACACGGGCUCAAUUGGUGGAUUUUAUUCAGACUAAGUACAAUGAUUCAGACUAUAAGGGACUCAAAAAGGGUUUGGCCAGUAGAACAAAAAAUGCUUUGGCUGAAAUAGUUUUGGAGGAUAUUUGGGGGAUCCAAAAGACUGAUGAACUUACAUCAUGGGAUGAGUUGGCACUGUUCAAGUCUGUAGAAAUGACAGAUGAAACCAUGUUUCUUUUGUUACAAGAGAAUGGAAGAAUAAUACGAUAUUUAUCUAGAAGUGGAGCUAAGAUUCUGUUUGAUCCAGACACCAUGAAGUUAACGUUUGCUGGAACUGAAUUGCAAGUUGCCAAAGCAGACGAAGUAUGGAAUGUUUUGCAGGAUAAUAUCACCAGAGAAGUUGUUAAUUUGGAGAACAUUAAACAACUAUUUAUGGAGAAAUAUCAAGAGUUCCCCUUGCUGAAGUUUCAGAAACAAACUGAUGUUUAUUUUAAGCCUUUAAAAUCUGCUAAUAAUGAUGAAUAUGAAUUGGUUACCUUAGAGAAAUCCCAAUUGAAGCGAGCCAAAAGACUUUUAUUGUGGUUAUUAAAUUACAAUGGUCAUUUGAAAGAAAAUAUAUUCUUGCCUGAUUUAACAGAGCCAAAAACCCUUCAAUUCUUACCAUUCAAGAAUGAUAAGGCAAUCCCAUGGACUCUGAGACAAGAUCAAUUAUUUGAAUUAAGAAGCACCGAAAACGAAAAGACUAGUCUGAUGAGUAAAUUAAUUCAGAAACAACUUGAAACAUUCUCAGAUGAAAAUAUGAGUAACCCUCGGGUAUCAUAUGAAACAGAAAUUGAAUUUGCAAAGACUCUACCUUCCGAUCGCCUUCCUACGUCGACCGAGAUGGCGGAAAUGGAGAGAACAAGUCUUGAAUUAUUGGCUGAAUUAGGAUUUGGAUCUAAUGAGAUACUGGAAUCGGGCGAUCUCAAUCACGAGAUUGAAGACGACAGUAAAGCAUCGGAACAAAUUGAAGGACCAUCACAAUUAUUAUCGGCUCAACGUGAAAAUUUGUACAACGAAUUAACUGAUUUUUCACACGCAGAUAAAUUAAAUGGAUUAAGGCAUAAUAAUAAGGUCAUGACAGUAACCUUAGGAAAUAUUUUAUUCAAAAACAAUGUGGAAAACGUUUCUAUUGGAGAUGAGAUAAUUCCUCCAAAUCCAAAAUUAGACACCUUAAAGUCGCUUCCAUAUGUUUUCAGUUCUGAUAUUCCUUUUGCAACCGAUAAAGUGUUAUCAUUGAAACCAUAUGGCACAUCCUCCUUGAGUACUCAGGAAAUCAAUAGAUUACUUUCGGAAGAUCCUAGUCAUUAUUCCCUUCAAUUGAAAUAUGCACCAACCCCAUUUGUGAAGGAUUCUGAACAAUUGAGAGAACAAGUUAAAUAUCCACAAAUUGAGAUUUGGUUUGAUUUGGAUGAACUGAAAUGUGUUGAUAUUGAUUCUAUGGCUGUAGUGACUGUCGAGGGGCUUAACAAUUGCUAUGUGUCUUUACCUAAGAACAAAGCUGAUUUAAAGAUCACAUGUCAAUCAACAUCGUCAUUAUUAGAGGACAAUGAAAUCAAAGAAGAAAAUGGCUCAAAGAAAGAUGAUGAUGAGCUUGAGAUUCAAGCCAUGUUGGAUCUGGUCACAGAUAGAUACUCUCGGUUCAAUAAUCAGCCUGGACUCCGGAAAUUCUUGGAGAAAUCAAAAUUGGGUUUCAAUGGAAGAUCUAAAGUACAAAUUGAAAGUCAUAUUGACUUCAUUAUUGAUGGAAAAUCGGUUCGGUAUCAGUACUUGAGCGUAGCUCAUGUUAGAAAGCUUGAUUUCAAAUAUAAGGAACGAUUUGUUCAAUUAAGUUUAAUUGAGGGAGGUCAAUUGGGAGGUCGUCAAGUUGAGGUUAAUUUAGUUGGAGAACUUGAGGAUGGGAUUAACCAGGAAUCAUUCAAUCUGUUAUUAGAUGAUUCAUUGGACUUUGUCAAGGAGAUAUAA